AUGUCAAUCAUUGAAAGGAAUGCCAUCCAGGCGUUUGGUAACGGGACAGAGGUUGGUGCGUGGCCCAUGUCUCCUGAGACCACCACCCUGCCCUCUCCACGGAGUCGCCCCCGCAACCCUGACCCCAAUUCGGACAACCACCUCUCCGAAACGGGAAUCUACCCCUUCUGUGGCAACCUGCAGGUCUCCUGCCUUCUUCCCCACCUCCCUGGCCAGCCUCUUGCCUUCUUCCCCAGCUCCCUGCCUUCUUCUCCCCCCAGUCUGCCUCCUUUCUGCUCCUCAUUAGACUUUGGCUCCGAAUCAGAGCACACAAACUCGAGCACUGCCAGCACGGCGCUCAGCACUUUGCACGCUGCAGAUUCUAACCCUGUCCUCAGCCUGAUCCCUGUGGGAAAAAGAAGGAAGAAGAAAGAAAAGGAAGAAGAGGAAAGAAGAAGAAGGAAGAGGAGGAGGAAGAAGAAGAAGGGGAAGAAGGGGAAGAAGAAGAAGAAGGGGAAGAAGGGGAAGAAGAGGAAGAAGGGGAAGAUGAGGAAGAAGAGGAAGAAGGGGAAGAAGGGGAAGAAGAGGAAGAAGGGGAAGAAGAGGAAGAAGGGGAAGAAGAGGAAGAAGUGA